CUCAAAUCAAUAUCAUGUAUACCAUAAGAAACACGAAAUCAAUAACACCAACGCAUCGACAUUGCCGCUGUUGUUUUUUACGUUAUAUUAUCGUCCAUUUAUGGAGGGAGAGCGAUUUCUACGGAAAGCUCUGAUCGUGAUAAGAGAAAAUCGGAGACAUCUUCUCGUGCAGGAAAGAAUAUACAUUUCCCUCUGUACGAAUCAUUACAUAUUUAACGCACGCUUCACGAGUGUAUUAUUAAGUACAUUGUAGUAAUCGCAGUGAGCAAAAAAUAUAUUUUACCUAUCCUUUUUUCUCUCAAAUUUGCAAGGGAAUAUGACAGUUGUAUUAGAGACUUACACGCAUAAUAAAGAUAUUUCAUGAGCAACUCCUAUUGGUCAAUUACUCGAGGGAGCAUCUGUUUGAUGGCCUUCCAUGGCCAGUCUUCACGCAAAUAUCCAAUGAUACACACUGUGCUGUCAUCGAAAGAUAUAUUCGCGGCAACAGCGUACCUUCCUUCCAUUUUCUCGAGAAUAUUAUAAUUCUGUUACAUAUUUCCUAGUGUGCUUGGAAUAUAAGCGAGUGCAAAGAUAAAUAUGACUAUGACUCGUAAAAAUACGAUUAAUCGCAUAAUAAUGUUUAUGCUACCUUUGUACGGUAUCUGGCCAGGCAGAUCAAUCACUUUAAUUAACAGGGUGUUAUGGCUCACUUCAACAUCAUUUGUCGAAAUUUGUCAUUGUCUUUAUAUUAUAUCGCACUUUAAUCCUGAAAAUUUUUCAAACAUAUUGGAUUGUUUGUGCAGCGUUUUGGAACACGGUAAAAUGUUCACUAAACUCGUUGUGUUUUGGAUAAAUCAGCGAAAACUCGUGGAAAUUGUGACGUUAAUUACGGACGACUGGAAUGAUUGUGCUGACAAUGACAUCAGCAUGCGCCUGACGAUGCGUAAGGCAAAAAUAUCGGAUCGUAUCACCUAUGGAAUAUUUACAAUUCAUGCGCUAACCGUUAUCGGGUAUUGUCUCGAAAUCAUCAUCGCUGAUACCGAUGUUACCGAUCAAACGAUUGAAAUUCCUUUGCUUAACAAAGUGAAACUUCCUUUCACCAUUAAGACGCAGGGCAUGUAUAGAUUUAUAUUAAUCGCGGAAUUCUUGCACAUGUUCUUCAGUAAUGUGUUAAUCGCUAUUGUAAACAACAUACUUUUGGCUUCGGUUUUGCAUAUGGGAGGCCAAGUGGAGAUCCUACAAAGCUGGUUAUCGCAGCUUACAUCCAAAGAGAUUGGAAAUAAGAAAAAAUCAUUCAUCACCGAGACAAGUAAAAUCAUUCGGAAGCAUAACAAAAUUAUUCAAUUUUCAGAAAAUAUCGAGACUCUAUAUACAUACAUCGCGCUGUACCUAUUCGUAUCGAAUAUAAUAUUAAUUUGUUCGAUAGCUUUUCUCAUUGUAACUGCAAUUGGUACUCCUGAUGCCGUAAAACAGAUUAUAAAAUGUAUUUUUUUUUUCUUAAUUUCAAAUCUGGAAGCGUUUACAUUUUGCUACGCUGGAGAAUAUCUAAGCAAUAAGGGCGAAACCAUCGGAUUUACAACGUAUAAUUAUCCAUGGUACAAUUUGAGACCUAAAGAUAUUCGUAUUUUGUUAUUUAUAAUAAUAAGAUCGCAGAAGCAAUUGAUACUCACAGCUGGCAAGAUGAUGGAUCUCUCCUUAAAAUCCUUUACAAGCCUCAUGAAUGCUUCUGGAUCCUUCUUGUCACUAUUGUUGGCGAUGCAAUGAACAUCGUAUUCCCCUCAGGAGUUUUUAAUCAAUAGUCGUGAAGCACAUAUACAGGUGAUAUGUAAACAUGUGUCCACUAGUUACGUCAAUGCAUAUAUGUAAUAUCUCGCACUUUUUUUUCCAAAUAUAUUUUUUUUCUGAGAAA